UAGUAGCAACCCUUGAUCCCAACUUUUAAGUUAUUACUAUUAUUAUGAACACUAUUGUGUUAACAAUGCUGCCAUUUUUUCUCUUCCUGUUAGUUUGGCUUCCUAGGGUUACCUGUGGCUGGACGGCUGCACAUGCCACAUUCUAUGGUGGUGCAGAUGCUUCAGGGACCAUGGGGGGAGCAUGCGGCUACGGGAACUUGUAUCAGCAAGGGUAUGGAACCAGUACAGCAGCAUUAAGCGCUGCACUUUUCAACAAUGGACAAACUUGUGGGGCGUGUUUCCAACUUGUUUGCUACAAUUCCCCAUUCUGCAUUCGUGGUGCUGGCCCUAUAACCAUAACCGCCACAAACUUUUGUCCCCGUAAUGGCUCCUUUUCUGCCAACGGUAUUGGCUGGUGCAAUCCCCCAUUGAUGCAUUUUGAUAUGUCACAACCAGCUUUCACCAAGAUCGCCCUUUAUCGAGCUGGAGUCGUUCCUGUGCUCUUUAGAAGGGUGGUGUGUCUGAAGAGGGGAGGCAUAAGGUUCACCAUAAACGGCAACCCAUACUUCAACUUGGUGUUGGUGUACAACGUGGGAGGGUUAGGAGAUGUGAAGGCAGUGUCAAUAAAAGGGUCAUCAACUGGGUGGCAACCAAUGACCAGAAACUGGGGGCAAAAUUGGCAGAGCAAGACAUAUUUCGUUGGCCAAAGCCUCUCCUUUAUAGUCACAACCAGCGAUGGUAGAUCUGUGGUCAGUUCUAAUGUGGUACCUGCUGGUUGGAAAUUCGGACAAACCUUCCAAGGUGGUCAAUUUUGAAUGAAGAUUGGUUGUUUGUGUCUUUGUGUAUGUAGUUGUUAACAAAAUGUUGAUGUGGAUGUGCUGCAUGUGUGAGCACAAUUGUGACAUUGAUUAUAGGUAAUAAAUGAAGUGCAUGUUUGAUAUAA